CUUAAACACUACAUGCUAAAUUCAAAAUGAUUCGCUGGAUCUCAUCUACAGCGCUGCUUAUAGUGCCUGCGAGCGUCUACGCUCAUCAAUUCGCGGCGUAUGGUGGUAACCAGAUCCCCUUCUGGGCUCACACCGACACUGCCGUUGACGAGAUUGACUUGUCGACGUAUGACUUCUCUGGCACAGGCACUUACGCACAUGUCCCAUAUGAAAACUGCUUUGUCGAAGACGCCUCUUCGAAACCUUUUGACAUUGCCAUUUUGGGCGCACCGUUUGAUACUGCCGUUACUGCAAGGCCGGGCGCGAGAUUUGGGCCAAAUGCUAUCCGAAGUGCCAGCCAGCGUAAGGCAUAUGGAUAUAGCAUCUACACGGGUCGUGAUCCCGUCCAUGACUGGGCCCGGGUUGUUGACUGUUUUGAUGCCCCGUUGACCUGGCUUGACAACCGUGCUGCACUCAAGACACUUGAUCAGGCUCACAGGAUCAUCUCUGGCCGAUCAACUGCCCACCCCGAUGAAUCAACCAUUCCAAGAAUUAUAACCUUGGGAGGGGACCACACAACGACUCUCUCUGCGUUGCGCUCCACGCAUAAGCGAUGGGGACCAGUUUCAGUGAUUCACUUUGACAGCCAUAUCGAUACGUGGGACCCAGCGGUUCUAGGGGGUGGCAUAUUGGAUUAUGCAGGUCUAAAUCAUGGCACAUUUUUACACAUAGCUCAUGAAGAAGGACUUAUUCUCAAUUCCUCAAUCCAUGCUGGUAUCCGCGCUCCCUUGACGCGUCGAAAAGCCGAUAUCCGAAACGAUGUGCGAUGCGGGUUUGAGAUUAUCACGGCUCGGGAGAUUGACACGAAUGGAACCCGGGCCAUAAUUGAUAGAAUACGAGAACGGGUUGGUGAUACCAGUACUUAUAUCAGCGUUGACAUCGAUGUAUUGGACUUGGCGUUUGCACCCGCAACUGGCACUCCAGAGCCGGGCGGCUGGAGCACCCGCGAGCUGCUCACCAUUCUAGCUGGGCUGGAAGGUUUGAACAUCAUUGGUGGUGAUGUAGUGGAAGUAGCACCAGCAUAUGACGACAACGGCGAGAUUACUGCAAUUGCGGCUGUUGAGGUCGCACAUGCUAUUCUUGAGCUGCUGAUUGCAAAGGCGGUCAAGGCGCCUGAUAAUGCAUGAGGGACCGUAACACAAGGUAGGCUGUUGAAUUGUAUAUGAAUGUAUGUGGAUAUUUCAUGUGGCUCAUCCAAGAGAGAUUCGUAUAUUCGGCUCAGGUAUACUCGCACUUUUCAUCGAAGACAAGUGAAGUCAACAGGUAGAUAUUGAGCCUUAUUUCUUCAAUAGUCUUCUUUAUCGUGUCUCUCUCUGCCAGAUUCCUGUUUGUAUUUCCUAUCCCAAGUCAUGUGGAGAGUAGAUAUAGC